AUGCCAAACAACACGAACGGACGCCCUGUUCAAGAGGCUCAUAUAGAUGGACAUGAAUCAUCUGAUACCAUUGAAACAUCCAGCAGUGUCACUGUUGGCCUGAUGGAGCGGGAGAUAAGAGACCGGAUCAUGGCCCUUCGAGGAAACACAACGAAUGAAUUUGAAGAACAGCUCCAUAUCGAACCCUACACUGCUAUAGAAGCGCAAGAGGGAGAGACCGGAGGAGGAACCGAUUCGAAUACGGCUCCUCUAGAUGAAGUCCAGCGCCGUCACGGUUCGGUUAUCGACCUGACAUCUAUCCCCGCCCCUCUCGAAAAGGCUCUAGCCAAAAUCCGGAAGACUGGAAUGCCAGAUGGCAAAGUUCUACGCUGGCCGGUGACUCUGGCCCAAUGGCAGAGCGACGAAUCUGUCGCUGAUGCUGUUGAGGACCUGGAAUUCUUUUUGGAAGUUUUCAAGUUGCGCCUCGAAACCCUUCGCAAUGGAGCAGUUGAGAAAGAUCCUAAGCUUCGCGCUGCAUUGUGGCGUGCUGAAAUAAACGCUCUGGAUUCCCCUCUUUUGAAGAGGCCUCGGCGUGAAUGA